AUGUCCCUGCUGAAGCUGCAGGGGGCGCUGCUGCGGGGGACAGAUAGCUUGUGGGUUGUGGUGCGGAGUUAUUCCUCGGCCAGGGCGAAGGAAGAAGCCAGGAAACGAUGGGCAUGGGAGAAGGCUGAACUUUUGGAAGUGCUGGAGGCCAGAGUGAAACAGCUGCAGGCCGACAGUGUCUCUGAGGUGGUGGCCCCCAAGGCUCCGCGGGCCCCGUUGAGGAAGAGCAGCUUUUCUCAACCCGCGCCGUGGAAAGCGGCCACGCCAACUCGGAAGGAGCCCGCUCCGAAGCACGAGGACAGGAGCGCUUCCCACUCCAGCCGGUGGAUGGAGAAGCUGAACAAAGAGAAGUCCAUCACACACAAGCGGCUCUUGAGGCUCGAGGCCAAGCUGUUGUCCGUUGGCCCCAGGACGAAACCUACUAGCAUAGGGGGCAACGUUGCCCCAGGGGAGGAGAGCCCCCCGAAAUCUUGCGCUAAAAAAAAGCCCAGCAGUCCGGUCAAGUUUCCAGCCCCCAAGGAAACCAAAGGCUGCCGUAAUGUCCCCAAGGUGGACGACACGCAGGGCGGACUCGGUGCGGAUCCUUUGGAAGGCAGAUGGGGUGCCCCUGAAGGGCUGGAGAAGCCAGUUCUGAACUGGGAAUGUGCCAAGGAGAAGCUGCCCCUGGAAGAGGAAGAAGGAAGCCGGCACGGGAACGUCCGGCUCAGUAUCUUGGCCUACCUGGACUGCUGCCUCUUUCUCGGCCAGACGGAGAGGGCGCAGCAGUGCCUGACGUUCUACCACCGGUCCCACGCCAGGAGGAAGCUGCUGGACGUGCAUAUGUACAAUCGGCUCAUGCAGGGAUACGCCAAGAAGGGUGCUCUGAACCAGCUGGGCCAGCUCUUCCACCAGCUGGAGGAGGCCGGGAUGAAGCCCAGUGUGGAGUCUUACGUCGCUGCGCUGGAGUGCAUGGGCCGAUCUGACGUCCGCCCGCAAGUCAUUGCCAGGUGCCUUCAGCAGCUUGAGCAAGACGGCCUCCAACUGGAGGACCUCCUGAGAGACUCCCAGCUUGAGGAGGACGAAGCAAAGAUGGCGCUGAAGGCCAUCCGGAAGGUCAAGCCGGACUUCCAGCCGCUGCCGCCUGACCGCCAAGCCGAGAUCUGUACGGUUCCCCUUUUCCGGGACUUCUACACAAAGGCGAAGCCCGUCUCUUACCCCAAGCUGGAUUUCACGGCGGAAGAGCUGCGGGCGCGCUUUCGGCAGCAGCUGCAGAUGGAGGCGUCCAACACCAUCACCAUCGACUCGGUGGAGGCAGAGAAGCCCCUGACAGAGCAGGCCGUCAAGGCGCGGGAGCUGCUGGCCAAGCUCCGUGCCCGGUGGCGGGCAUCCCUCCUUCACAGCUUUCGGGAAUCCAGGCUCCAUCUGGGCCAGAAAAUGUCAGGGCAGCUGAAUUUGUAUCCGUUCCUGAGCGUGUUGAAGGAUGAGGAGUAUGUGGACAUCUUGAUGCAGAGACUCUCCAACCUCCCCCCGCAAGGGGAAUCCCUCCUGAUCUUGGCAAGGGAACUGGGCACCAAAGUCUACAACAAGUAUGUCAUCCAGAAGAAAUCCUGGAGCCGCGUGGUGGAGAAGAUCCAAAGGCUCUACGACAGCUACGUCCAGCUGCUGGCGAAGGACACGCCGCCGGAUAAUUACCUGCCCCGGGAAUACUGGGAGGAGCUGGAGGCGGAAGCCAGCUACGGCCCUUCCCUGGUCAGCCAGGAGUGCGUCUGGCCCCAAUCCCUCCUGGUGCAGCUGGGCCUCCACCUGGUCGAGCUCCUGGUCCAGGUCCUCAAGAUGGAGAGCAACCUUCUCAACUCAGGCUUGGAGCAGAAACUCAUCCCCGUCCUGUACCACGUCUAUUCCUUCCGCAGCGGCCGCCAGAUCGGCUUCAUCCGGCCCCACCCCCUCCUGACCCGGCUCUUCUCGGAGGCCGCUGAAACCACCCUCACCUUCGACUCCUUUGUCGUCCCCAUGCUGUGCCCACCGGUGCCGUGGGUCUCCCCUUCCUUCGGCGCCUACCUCCUCAGCCCCACCAAGCUCAUGCGCUGUGUGGAUGGGGCCGUGCAGCACCAGCUGCUUCUGGAGCGGUGCCCCCGCGGCGACCUCUUCGCGGUCAUGGAUGCGCUCAACCAGCUGGGCAAUUGCCCCUGGAAGGUCAACCGGGCCGUGCUGGACGUGGUGGUCUCUGUGUUCAACGACAAGGGCGACGAGAAGCUGGAUGUCCCGCCCCCGCCGUCUGAAGCCCCCCAACCCGCCAAGCUGGCCCUCGGCGGGGGGGCCCUGAGCAAGUUGGCGUGGAAGCGGGAGGUGGCGCAGUGCCGCAAGAAGGCCAUGGAGAUGUUCAGUCUGCGCAUGGACACCCUGUACAAGCUGUCCAUCGCCCAACACAUGGGGGAGAGGGCCUUCUGGUUCCCCCACAACAUGGACUUCCGCGGGAGGACGUACCCCUGCCCGCCUCACUUCAACCACCUUGGCAGCGACCUCACACGGGCCAUCCUCCUCUUCGCUGAGGGGAAGCCCCUUGGCCCGCGGGGCCUCGACUGGCUGAAGAUCCAUCUGGUCAACCUCACCGGGCUGAAGAAGAAGAACUCCCUGCGGGACAGGCGGGCCUACGCAGACGAGAUCAUGGGGGACAUCUUGGAUUCGGCAGAUUACCCGCUGACGGGCAAGAAAUGGUGGAUGGCCGCCGAUGAGCCGUGGCAGGCCUUGGCGUGUUGCAUGGAGAUCGCCAUGGCCAUGAGAGCCCCGGACCCCGCGGCUUAUGUCUCCAACUUCCCCGUCCAUCAGGACGGCUCUUGCAAUGGGCUCCAGCACUACGCGGCCCUCGGGCGGGACGUCAUCGGGGCCGCCUCAGUGAACCUCGUGCCGUGUGACGUGCCCCAGGAUGUUUACAGCGGGGUGGCUCAGCAGGUGGAGGUGUUUCGGAAAAGAGAUGCGGAGGAGGGCACGAAGAUCGCUCAGGUCUUGGACGGCUUCAUCGGGCGCAAAGUGGUGAAGCAGACGGUGAUGACGGUGGUCUACGGGGUCACUCGGUACGGGGGCCGCCUGCAGAUCGAGAAGCGCCUCAAGGAGAUCGAGGGCUUCCCCCAGGAGUACAUGUGGGAAGCAUCUCACUACUUGGUCCAGCUUGUCUUCAGCAGCCUCAAGGAGAUGUUCUCGGGCACUCGGGAAAUUCAGAACUGGCUGACGGAGAGCGCCCGCCUCAUCGCCAAGUCCGGGCGGACCGUGGAGUGGGUGACGCCCCUCGGGCUGCCCGUCAUCCAGCCCUACCAUCGCUCCAAGACCAUGCUGGUGAAUAGCAGCAUGCAGACUGUCAACCUGAAGUCGCGCUACGAUUCCAGCCAGAAGCCCGACACGGUGAAGCAGAAAAACGCCUUCCCGCCCAACUUCAUCCAUUCCUUGGACUCCACGCACAUGAUGCUGACAGCUUUGCACUGCCACAGGCGGGGGCUGACCUUCGUCUCGGUCCACGAUUGCUACUGGACUCACGCCCUCACUGUUGACGUCAUGAAUCAGGUGUGCCGAGAGCAGUUUGUGGAGCUUCACAGCCAGCCCAUCCUGCAGGACCUGUCCAAGUUCAUGCUGCAGAAAUACUGCGCCAGUUUUCCGCCUGAGUGGAAGAACAAGAAGGCCCUUGAGUACCAGAGGCUGGUGCAGUUGCUGUCCAAAGUUCCCAAGAGAGGUGACUUCGACCUGCAGAAGGUGAAGGAAUCCACCUACUUCUUCAGUUGA